AUGGCUGUAGGUUCAGGAGAAAAUAUUAGUAUUCUGGGAGACCCUUGGCUUCCGGAUAGUGCUCAACCGUUUGUUUUGUCUAGUCAUCCGGGGUUACAGGGGAAGUUUGUAAACAGCUUGAUGAAGACUGAGGAAAAAGCCUGGGAUGCAGAUGUAAUCAAGGACAUGUUCACGAUACAUGAACAAAAUUUAAUUCUGAAUAUCCCCUUGUUUGAUUCUGUUACGGAAGAUUGUUGGCAAUGGAAGGGUGAACACUCUGGUAUCUACUCAGUCAAGAGUGCCUAUCGUAUUACUCAGGAGUUGAAAGGGGUUGUUCAUAGAGAUAACAAUUCUGGUUUCUGGAGGGAUUUAUGGAAUCUAAAAAUUCCACCCAAAGUGAAGGACCUUAUUUGGAGGGCUGUUUCAAAUUGCCUCCCAACUCGGUUCCAACUUAGCUAUCGCAAGAUAACCCUCCCUUCUUCUUUAUGUCCAAGAUGUUCGCGAUAUGUGGAAACCAUUCCCCACUGUCUGGUGGGCUGCUCUUUCGCCAUGGCUUGCUGGCGUUUUGCUGGUAUACCAGUUGUUGCAAUAGGGGACAACUCGUUUGGUGGGUGGCUGCAAGAGCGUUUUAAAGAUUGGGGGGACGAUAUGAGGCAUAUGGCAGUUAUGGUGUGCUGGGCAUUAUGGCAGGUUAGAAAUGAGAAAGUUUGGAAGGGUUCAAAUAGAUCUGUGAAAGAAGUUAUCGCAUUGGCUAGAGGUAAUUUUGAUCAAUGGAGAUAUGCUCAUGAUAGAACAUUCAUUCCCUCUCUGUUAUUGCUACAUCCAGGGGAAAGGGCUGAGCAUUGGUCCGUACCAGGGGGAAACAAGAUCAAAAUCAACGUUGAUGCAGCUGUCUUUCCUGAUCUCAAUAAGUUUGGCUAUGGUUGGGUGGUUAGGGAUGCCUCUGCUACUCUCCUCAGUGCUCAUACAGUCAGCAAAGUUGGGAAUAUUGAUCCUACUCUUGCUGAGGUGAUUGGUGUCAGGGAGGUUCUGAGUUGGAUUAAAGCCACUGGCCUCACUGAUGUAGUUGUCGAGACAGACAGUUUAGUCACAGUUCAGGCUUGCAGAAAUGAGGUUAAGAUGCAGUCCAUGUUUGGUUUCUGUAUUGAUGAGUGCAGGGCACUAGUCUCUAGUUUACAUAAUGUUUCUUUAUGUUUUGUUAAGCGAUCCGCUAAUCGUGUUGCUCACCAUUUGGCUCGAGCCUCAUGUUUGAAUGCUGGUUGCAGUUAUUCGUUAGCUUCGGCGCCGAAUAAUUUGAUUGAUGUACUUUUGCUUGAUAUGGCUUAA